AUGCCAAUUCUGGGCUCAAUCAGUCUGCUUGAUUGUGGUGUGUUCGUGAUCUGUCUCAUUCCACAAUUGCUUCUGCAGGACAUAGUCAUACGUUGUGUGAGAUAUGCAUUUGCAUCCAUACCAGCGUCGAUAGGCAGAGUGUUCUUCAGUAAGCAGGUCGCUCAUCCUUUCUUUCGAUGGCGACUACUACGGCAUGGCUACUGGACAUGUCCCGUAAAGUAUAGCGAAGUCAAACGACGUGACUUUCAAGGAUUGUGGAUCGCGCCAGAGCCAAAUGAGAAGCCAGAUGUGAUUGUGUUCUACUGCCAUGGGGGAGGAUUUUCAAUGGGAUCCAGUUACUUCUACCUCGAAUUCUUGGUUGCAUGGCUCACCUGUUUGAAGGCUCAAGGGUUUCGGAAUCCGGCCUGCUUCGCUCUUGAAUACACACUUGUCCCCGACGCAACAUGGCCAACACAGUUUGACCAGACCCGAGCAGCCUACAGGUUUCUAAAGGAAAGCUUCGGACCAGAAGGAACAUCCAAGAUCGUGGUGAGCGGAGAUUCAGCAGGAGCCACACUGGCUCUAAGCAUGUUGCUACAUCCUGGACCACUAUCCAAAGAGCCACGAUUUGACAGACUGGACCGACCUGCCCUGGCUGUUCUGUUGUCUCCCUGGACACAUCUCGUAUCAGGACUGAACCGAAAUACACCUAGUGACUAUUUAAACAGUGACAGCUUGCACCUAUACGCUAGUCAAUAUGCUGGGAAACUUACCAGGACUGACAGUGUUGUGUCGCCAGGAUUGAGCGUGGGAAAGUGGAACAAGGCAUCACCCUUGGACGGCUAUCGUAUCAUCUACGGUGCUGAGGAAGUCUUCGAGCCGGGUAUUGAGAAGAUGAUCGCGCAGAUGCAGAAAGAUGGGGCGUUCGUGAAGAAAUAUGCAGAGCCAGCAGGUAUACAUGCUUGGCCAGUGGUGAAUUUAUUCUUAGGGAAAGCCCGAGAGGAAAGGCUCAAAGGCUUGCAGGUGAUGACUGAUUACAUCGUUACAUCCCAGCUUAGACCAAAGAAUCAAAAAUAG